AUGUCGGAAAUAGAAAAAUUUUUAAAAGAACUAAGAUUAGAUAUUAAAAGAGACACUGAAGAAUCACUGCUGAAUUUAGAGACCAGUAUCACGAGCAAAAUAAAUGACAAAAUAGACCAAAAUUUUAACUUCUUACAAAGGGAACUUGAACAAAUUAAGGAAACUAACUCCAAACAUGACAAAAGAAUUAGUGCCAUAGAAAAACACAUUAGGCAAAGGAAUGUCAUAUUCUUUGGGGUACAAGAAGGUGAAAAAUCAUAUCAGGAGUUGGAUGGAACCGUGUUACAAACUAUUAAAGACGAACUUAAGCUGGAAUGUGACAGAAAAGAAUUAGAGACGGUCCGGAGAAUGGGAAAAUACUUAAAAAGCAAAGUGAGACCUAUCGUCGUAACAUUUACAACGUACGGCAGGAAGAUUAAAAUUUUGAAAAACAAGAAAUAUAUACAAACGAAAAAUAUUUAUAUAAAAGAAGAUUUCCCACCUCAAAUCCUAGAAACGCGUAAAGAGUUACAAGAACAGUUAAAAAAAGAGAAGGAAGCCGGAAAAAUAGCCUUCCUGCGAUACGAUAAACUUAUAGUUCGAGAACCAUCCAUGAAAGACAGCAGAGAAACAGAAGAAGAAAAGACAAUCAAAACCGAAACAGAAAAAACUAAGAAAAAUAGAGAGUUAGAAAUAACCCCUCCCCACCAGUUAAUAGAUUCAAACAAGAACACCGCACAACAACAAGCAAUAAAAAAGAAUAAAACUCAAACGUAUAAAAUGGGAAAAAAUCAGAGCUCUAUGAAAAAUUUCUUCACUAAACAAAAUGUUAUUUCAACUAAAAAACCCGAGGAAGGGGAAACUCCUUACUCUUCAAAUGAUUCUGAUGAAUAG